AUGACCCUCACAACACCGUUACCGACCGUCAUCUCUCGCUCCGCCGGGGAGCAGCGCAGGAGGGUGCUGCAGCUCUACCGCGACGCGCUCAGGGCAGCACCAGAUAUUCUCGAAAUGUACAGGAUGCCGUACGGACUCUGGCAGUUCCGAAAUCGCAUCCGCGCCGAAUUCGCCAAAAACCUCACCGUAACUGACCACCAGGUCAUCGACGUCCUUAUCUUCAAAGGCCGCAACGAGCUGACGGAAACCACCGAGCAAUGGAAACAAGACGACCACGUGCAGCGCUUCUUCCCGAAGGACACCUACGCCCAGCCCGAGAGGCAGGUCAGACCUGGCGAAGACGAUCUGGGACGACGGGCAGAUGGGCGGGGCGUGUCGGAGUUUUUGGCCAAUUUCUAUGAGGGACAUUCGGCGGGUCUGAGGGGGAACGAUUAUGCUUAG